UAUAAAUAGAACAAUUCACUCCACUCUCUGAAACUCAGUUCUCUCUACUAACUUAAUUAUUCUGUCUGAAUUUUGGAUCUGAGUAAUGGCCAUGGAAGCUUUGAAAUCACCCACUACAAAUUCCUGGGUAAAAGGUAAGCGAUCUAACCGUCCCUUUCUCAAUUACGCAAAUACCCAGGAAGAACAACUCGCCCUCUGCCUCAUCAUGCUUGCUCGCGGCGGCGCCGGCGCCGGAACCGCCAAUACUGCCAAAUCUAUCUACAAGUGUGCUAUAUGCGAUAAGGCGUUUAACUCAUACCAAGCCCUCGGUGGUCACAAGUCUAGUCAUCGAAAGGCGCCUUCCAACGCCGAUGAGAAGACCCUGUCAAUUUCGGGUGCCGGCGGCGGCGUGGGCAGGGUUCAUGAGUGCUCGAUUUGUUACAAGACAUUUCAAACCGGUCAGGCCUUAGGAGGCCAUAAGCGGUGUCACUAUGAAGGUAGCGGCGGCGGCGCUGCAAGUGGUGUUACUUCUUCGGAAGGGUUGUCGGUUAACCAUCGUAAUUUUGAUUUGAAUAUUCCGGCCUUUAUAGAAGAGGAGGUUGAGAGUCCACAUCCGGUGAAAAAGCUUCGUAUUUUGUUUCCGGUUGAAUCCGAACAAAUGAUGCUUAUAAACAACAAUUAAUCUCGGAAUUAUUUUAUUCAUUUCUGUAAAUUUUCACUUCACUUUAGUUUGUAUUUUUUAUUAUUAUUAUUUGCAAAGGGUUUGUUCUUCAUU